AUGGAUCCCUCGAUAAAUUUUCCUUUUGAAAAUUUGGAAGCUCUUUUGGGUGAAGAUGGUGAAUUAGACUCCUUCUUAGGAGAAAACAAUCGGUUUCCAGCAUUUUUGGACCAGCUGUGGGCUAGUUUCUUCUCUCCUGACAACCUUUCUUCCUUAGGUCCUGAACAUAAUUGUCCUGUUGGAGAUUCACAUCCUUUGUCAUCAGUCCCUGAUCAGCUACUUAAUGAUACAUCUCCGUGUACUUCAAGUCACAAGAAUAGGAUUUCUAGCUUAGCUGCAAGGAAUUUACAAUGCAAAAAAAAUUUACUGGCGGAUAAGAGGCGGCGAGAGAUUCUCAACAAGCAGUUUCUUGCUUUGGCUGCACUUCUUCCUGGCUUGACAAAGACGGACAAAAUCUCAGUCAUGAGAGAAUCUGUCAAGUACAUCAACCAACUAAGAAAAGAGCAUAACAAACUAAAGGAACAUAAUCCCAACCAAGCAGUGGUUGUGAAGAAGUCAGGGGUUUUCGAGGAACAAAACGGUUGUUCUAUCCAUGAAAGAUCAUCAGUUUGCAACCAAGAACAACUCCCAGAGAUUGAAGUCAGAAUGUAUGAGAAGAAUAUUCUUCUGACCAUCCGAUGUCAGAAAGAUAAACUUGUCCUAUCAAAUAUACAUGCGGAGAUUGCAAAGCUCAACUUAACCGUGAUUAGUUGCGAUAUCAUGUCUUUUGCAGGAGUAACCUACGAGAUCAUCAUUCUUGCGGAGAUGGAUACUGAUUUCAGCUUGAGGGAGAAGUGUCUUGUCAAAAGACUUCGUUCAGCUUUGGCCAUUCAUGAGAAGCUCAACUCAUCCAUCAGAAGUGGAAAGAACAUUUAG